AUGAAUGAAGCUCCGCUUGACAUUUUAACGAUUUACGAAGCAGUUGAGGACUUACCAAUCGGCCAACAUGUCUUGUCAAUAACUAAUAUUGUUUGCUCCCCAAAAAUGAAGUAUGUUGCAACUUGGAGCCAUCGAGAUAAAUUAGUUUAUAGAUGGUUGAUCACCGAGGAAAAACUCAAAUUUGACAAUCAUUAUAUUAUUGACAAUUCUAUUGAUGCUAAAGCAUUAAUUGGCAUCUCGGAUGAAAAUCAUAUUAUUUUAAGUGUUGAAAAAAAUAAUCUCUACAAUUUUGGAGAAACAGUAAUUAAAACAGGUCGUAGUUAUCAAAAGCCUGCCCAAAUAUCUAUUUAUUCAGUAGAAAAUGGGAUUUUGAUGGAAAAACGUAAAUAA